AGAUUUCUAUGUGACAAAAGAGAAAAAGGACAAGGAGGAAGGAUGGGAUUGCCUAUGAUUCAAGUAUUUAUGAUUGCCGCCCGGCAGGUCUCCAAACCAAUUGCCGAUGCGGUGCUCCGAUAUGGAAAAGAUCAUCCAGUUUUUAGGAAUAAGCUGUUACUUCCCAUUGGAAGAGGUCUCGUCCGUUUCACAUCACGUCUCCGAAUGAAACGUCUUGGUUUGGGUGAACCAAUAAGUCAGGCUCCGAUUUCAGAAUCUGCAGCUUUGGAGCAAGCUUCUGAUUUUGUGCAGCAACUUGUGCUCUUCUCAUAUUCGGUCGGCGUCUUUGCCGGUUAUUACUUUUAUACGAAAAUGACGACACCUGAAUCGCUGAAAAUUGAGGAUUAUGAAGAGUUUAAGCAACAACAGGAGAGGGCAAUCAAGGAGCUCCGUCUACAAGUCGAAUCGCUCGAGCAACGGUUAGCAGCUCAACAAAAACGAAAUUUCUUCUCACAACUAGGAUUUUCAAAGGAAAAUGGCGAUGAGUCACCACCGAAACCAAGCCAGCAGGCUCCACCACCAGAAAAGCCUUCAGAAGAGAAGAAGCCUGCCACAGAAUCGCUGAAACAACGAUUUCAGCGAAUCUCAUCGCUUCCGAUCGACGCAGCCGCCUCGUUGAUUCUCGACGAUGAAGAAUACCUCGUCGUACGUCGUGGAUCUUCCGUUGGCAUCGAGCUCUCUGUGAAUUUUGCGGCUCGUGGUGAUCGUCUUCGUUACCGUAUUCCUUCGCCGAAACUUCGAGAAUCGUGUGCUCAGAUGGCUCUGAAGGAAGCCGCGUGUCACGUCAUCGGUGCCAAGGAUCGGAGUCGAUUUCGUUAUGUGAAUAGUUGAUUUUGUUUAGGAUUUUAGGGAUCACAGGCUUUCAGGCUUCCUCGUUUUUUUUUUGAUUGGCAGUUUGAUCUUGGAAAAAUGCGGGAGAAGAGACGCAGAGUUCUCAACUGAUUUCGCACGGUUAAGAACGUUUUUGGAGAAAAUUCCCGCGUUUUUUGUAGAUCAAACCGUAAUGGGACAGCCUGACACCACGUGUGAUCAUGGGCUUUCAGGCUUUCUCGUUUUUUUAAUGGCAGAGUUCCGAGAUCGCCGGCCGCGGCCGAGGUUUUCAACAUUUCGCUGAAACGCUGCCAUUUCAAAAAAAGAGGGAGCCUGAUAGCCCGUAUAUAGUGAGAUAAUUCAGGUUGUAAGAUGAUUUUUUUUUUCGCACUAACGGUUUCUUUUUUUUCUGUCAGUUUUCUUCCAUUUCUUCACUUUUUCUCUCCCAUGUCGUUGUCCUCUCCCCCCCCCAUGAAUAGAGCUUUUCUAGUCACAUUUUGAUCUACAAUUUUUUGCAUUUUUUUCUGCGUCUUCUCCUAUUUUUCUUAUGUCCCUUGUUUCCCCAGUGUCUGAUGGGAGCCCACUCAUUUUUUGAAAUCUGUCAAAAAAAAUUUUUUCCA